GCGUCUUUGGGGGCGCAAAGGGGAGCUAGAGCCUGGUCGGAGCGCCCCAGGGUGAAGGGCUGGGGAGGGGAAUUGGGCAGAGUUUGGGGACAAGGUGGGGGCGUCCAGCAUCUGGGGGGCGCUCCCCGGUUAUCCGGACUCUGCUCAGUCUAUCGGUUCCUUCUCAGUUCGGGGAGAGAAGAGGGACCGGGACGGCGGCGGGGACUGAGGGGCAGGACGCGGGAGACUCGGCCUCCUAGGUGAUCCUUGCUUAGCUCCGGAACCGCCCCGAAGGUCAUGACGACGGUGACUGGCUCGGGGGAGGGCUUUGGCUCGGUGGCCUGGUGGGGCCUGUCCCCGGCGCUGGAUCUGCAGGCGGAAUGUCCUCCCGAUGCCCCCAGCCCCGGGGACCCCCAGGAACUCGACAUCCUUCUCCUGGGCUCGGUGGACGCGCGGCACAUCCUGCGGACCUUGGCGCAGACUCCGCGCUGGCCCCCUCGGAAGCUCAAUUUCUUCGUCCUGGAGAACAACCUGGAGGCGGUGGCGCGCCAGAUUCUCAUCCUCAACCUGGCCUUCGAGCCUCCGGAGAGUAUGGGCCUUCAAGAAAAGAGCGAGACAUUCCUGGAGCUCUGGGGGAAUGGGCUCGUGCGGACCCAGGUGGCCGAGUACAUUCGCGCUCAGUCCCAGCGCAUGCGCCGCCUUUUGCCCGAGCCGGAGGAUCUGGCUGCUCAGCUUCCCAAGCUCAGCCUGGAAGCGCUCAAGUACCGGGAGCGGGAUUCCUUGGAGGCCGUGUUCACCUUCUGGGCGGCCUCCGAGGCCGAGGCCUCCUUCCCCCUGAGCCGCCUGUGGGACGCUCGACUCCGGGGUUACCUGGGCUCCCGCUAUGACGCCCGAAUCGGGGUCAGCGACUGGGACUUGCACAUGAAGCUGCAUGACCGAGGGGCCCGGGUCAUCAACAGCAGAGAGUUUCGUCGCUGGCGGGAAACCAGUGUGGCCUUCGAGAUUCGGGAUGCUUCGGCCUAUCAGCUCCCCAAUCGGACGCUAGCGUCAGGACGCCUGAUGAGCCACCGAGGGGAGCGCGUGGCUGUGCGAGGCUACUGGGGGGACGUGGCUACGGGGCCGUUCGUGGCCUUUGGCAUCGAGUCCGACGAUGAGAGCAUCUUGAAGAGCCGCAACGGAACCCCUGUUAAGUGCGCUGGUGAGAUCUCCCUGCACAACGUGACCUCGCUGUUUCGAAGCCUAGGGGCUGCCGAGGAGGAGGGGUCUGGGGCCGAGCCUGAGACCAAGGCAGAGGGCGGGGCUCCAGGGUCCGACCCGGCGGGCUCCAGACCUUUCCGGGUGCACUUCCUGCCCCUGGGGACCGCCCCGACGCUGCACCACCGAAAGCGCUACAGCAGCCGCUUCCACCUUCUCUACGUGUCCUGCGGGAUGGUCCAUCAGCUGAGCCCGGAGCUCGGGGCCUGCGUGGCUCCCGGAGGACGCUUGAUUGUGGAAUUGGCCAGGUACCUUGUGGAUCUGCGGCCUAACCAGCUAGAGAGUUUCCGUGAUCGGGUCCGAGAGCUGGCUGAGGCUGCUGGCUUCGCACCGGAGUCCCACGAGGGUCCCCCCGAAACCUUCGCGCGCUUCUCUCGGAAGCCCCAGCCAGAAGAGGAGGCCCCGAGUGUUUGUCAGAAGGCCAAAGCCCCGCCCCUUGAGGAGACUAACACAGAGAUUUUAACCCCGCCCCCUGAUGCCCAAGAGCCCGCCCCCUCUGAAAUUCAGAGCCUAUCCUCCCAGGCUGAUGCUCCUGGAGCACUGACCCCGCCUCCUAGGGCCUCUGAGCCCGCCCCCUCUGAAAUUGAGAGCCCAUCCUCCCAGGCUGAUGCUCCUGGAGUACUGACCCCGCCUCCUAAGGCUUCUGAGCCCGCCCCCUCUGAAAUUCAGAGCCCAUCCUCCAAGGCUGAUCCUCCUGCAGCGUUGACCCCGCCUCCUAGGGUCUCUGAGCCCGCCCCCUCUAAAAUUCAGAGUCUACUAUCCUCCCAGGCUGAUGCUCCUGGAGCACUGACCCCGCCUCCUAGGGACUCUGAGCCCGCCCUCUCUGAAAUUCAGAGUCUACUAUCUUCCCAGGCUGAGGCUCCUGGAGCACUGACCCCGCCUCCUAGGGUCUCUGAGCCCGCCCCCUCUGAAAUUCAGAGCCUAUCCUCCCAGGCUGAGGCUCCUGGAGCACUGACCCCGCCUCCUAGGGCCUCUGAGCCCGCCCCCUCUGAAGUUCAGAGUCUACUAUCCUCCCAGGCUGAGGCUCCUGGAGCACUGACCCCGCCUCCUAGGGCCUCUGAGCCCUCCCCCUCUGAAAUUCAGAGUCUACUAUCCUCCCAGGCUGAGGCUCCUGGAGCACUGACCCCGCCUCCUAGGGCCUUUGAGCCCUCCCCCUCUGAAAUUGAAAGCCCAUCCUCCAAGGCUGAUGCUCCUGGAGCACUGACCCCGCCUCCUAGGGCCUCUGAGCCCGCCCCCUAUGGCAUUCUUAGACCAGCCACUAGCCCAGAAGUUGGGGGCAUGAGGGACCCGCCCCUCAGCCAUGUGACUCCUCCCUCAAAGACAAUGAACCUGCCUACAGAUGCGGAGCUAGGGCCUUCUGGAAUUUUGGCUCCGCCCCCUGGGCACUCCGCCCCCGCCCUCCCGGGCAUUCUGGGACCUGCCAAGGGUCCUGAUGAUCUUGGAAUGCCCUCUGGGGAAUCCGGUGCCCCCUCUUCCCCAAGACUGACCCCACCUUCGGCAUUUCCGAACCCUUCCCCCAACGACUCUGGCUCCAGAACACGAGGCGCAGGUGAUCCUGACUUCGCCACCGAAUUCUAGAGGGGACCCUUUGGUCCCCGAAUAUUCUAGUUUCUCCUAGGCCCCUGCCCCCUCCCCGACCCACGACUAUGUUGGCCCCAAGAUUCUGAUCGCGUCUCCCUGGAUUUCUGGGGCUCGGCGUCCCCUGUCCUUCCCAGGGAGUCGCAACUUGUUAGAAUAAAGAAUCGAACCCCAUCAUCAGUCUGUGAUCUGGGAGAGAGUGCGGCGUGUCGCCACCGCCUUAAGGGACAGGGGUGGCAGGACUCCUGGGUCCCCAAGAACAAUGGCUCGGGCUCGGGAUGCCUUGCUUCCUGAGGGCGGAGGGUCUGGGUCCUCUGGUCUUUGAGAAGAAUGGGCCAGAGAGCCAGCCGGGUGGGUUUCAGAGAUGUGAAUAGGCUGGGGUUCCUGGGACCUCGGUUCUGGAGAAUCAAGCCGGGGAGGUCCCCAAGGGGCAGAGGGCUGGGACUUGGAAGCAGGUGCCGAGGAGGAAGAGACUCGGCUCCCAGAUGGGGUGGGGUAAGGUGCCUGAAUUGUUGAGGGACUAGGGGAGGCCCCUUAGGGUGGCCGAGAACUUUCUGAGACCGCAGAGAGAGGGCCUCUGGGUCCCUGGGGAGGAGGGGCUGGCGUGUCCGGAUUCUUGGCUCCCUGUGGACCUGAGGGAGGUGUCUGCCAGACACGGGGUAUCUCCCCCCCUCCAGGCCCCCUUAUCUCCCCUGCGGCAGUAUAUUUAGCCUCCCCUUGGCUUUUGUCACACACUGUCCCCAGAGGAGCCCGAAGAGAUCGGAGGCUAGCGGAUCUCAGCCCCCCAAGGUCAUCCCGGAGACUCAUCCAGUCCCCUAACAACAUGGCGGACGAGUCUGAGAGGGUAGGGAGGAGGCCAGGUGGAUGCCCACCGCAGAUCCAGUAAACCCCCCCCCCUUCUCUCUGCAGGAGCAGCGACACGUUACCGGCAGCGCCGCCCGCACCCAGUCCAGCGGCACCCCCGGUUCGACGCCGCUCCUCUGUUAACUACCGCGCCUACGCCACUGAGCCGCACGCCAAG